CUCGUCCUGACCGCUGGAGCUGUUUGUAAGUGUUAAGUAAGUUGUGAUUGCAGAGCCAGUGCCUUAACUUCUACGACUGCAUGCAUGAGCAUUGCACGACAGGUCCUGAACUGCUCCAGGUUUACAUGUCGAUCAGCUCACGUAACCUGCAGAAAGAGGUUUACUACUUCACAGCACAUAAUGAUGUCACGGCACACACAUGCCAAAAGAAUUGAAGGACUGGACAAGAAUGUCUGGGUGGCUUUCACGGCACUGGCAGCCGACCCAUCUGUUGUUAACCUGGGCCAGGGCUUUCCAGACAUCCCUCCACCUUCUUAUGUCAAGGAGGCGCUAGCGAAGGCCGCAUCAGUUGACAGGUUGAACCAGUACACCAGAGGCUUUGGGCAUCCAUCUUUGGUGAAGGCCCUCUCUCAGGUGUAUGGGAAGGCCUAUGGACGUCAGAUUGAUCCCUUAAAAGAAAUUCUGGUCACGGUUGGUGGUUAUGGUUCCUUAUUUAGCGCCAUCCAAGCUCUAGUGGAAGAAGGGGAUGAGGUCAUCAUUAUUGAACCUUUCUUUGAUUGUUAUGUACCUAUGGUCCGUAUGGCCGGGGGCAAGCCUGUGUUGAUACCGCUAAGACUUAAGUCUGGAAAGAAGACGAUCACAAGCGCUGACUGGUUUCUGGACCCAGAUGAGCUUGCAGGUAAAUUCAACUCUAAGACAAAGGCCAUCAUCAUCAACACUCCCAACAAUCCCAUUGGAAAGGUUUUCACCAAAGACGAGUUGCAGAUGAUCGCAGACCUCUGCAUUAAACAUGACACUCUGUGCUUCAGUGAUGAGGUUUAUGAGUGGCUCGUCUACAGGGGACACCAGCAUGUCAAAAUUGCAACUCUGCCUGGAAUGUGGGAUAGAACUGUUACUAUUGGCAGUGCAGGAAAGACGUUUAGUGUGACUGGAUGGAAGCUUGGUUGGUCUAUUGGACCUGAGCACUUGAUGAAGCAUCUUCAGACCGUCAUGCAGAAUUCCCUGUACACCUGUCCCACACCUCUGCAGGAGGCAGUAGCACAAGGUUUACUCCUAAACUAUGAGCUGAUGGAUCAGCCUGAGUGUUACUUCACUUCACUGGCAGAUGAACUUGAAGGAAAGAGGGACCGCCUGGCUGCCAUUGUGGAGGAGGCUGGCAUGACUCCCGUAAUCCCAGAGGGAGGCUACUUCAUGCUCGUGGAUGUCACAGCUCUUAAUCAGGACCUUUCACAUAUGGAUGAGGAUGAAGCCUAUGACUACAAGUUUGUGAAGUGGAUGAUUAAAGAAAAGAAACUAGCAGCCAUUCCAGUUACUGCAUUUGUUGGAGAAGAGUCUACGAAAGACUUUGAGAAAUAUAUUCGCCUUUGCUUCAUUAAGCAAGAUAGUACUCUCGACGCAGCGCAGAGAAUCUUGAAGAGCUGGACGAAGGUUUAACGGGAGGUGCUUCAGAAGACUUAAACUCUACACUAACUGCAAAUUAGUCAAAUGUAUUAGAAGAGUUGAAUAUAGAGUACAUAUUUUGAUCUGUACAGUGUGUUAGGAGAAAGGAAACCCAAAUAUUGAAUAGAUGAAAAAACCCUAGUCAGUCUUUUUGUCAUUCUGUUUUUGGCUGUUAUUUGUAGAGGGUUAAAUCAUGAAACACGACAGAACAGGAAGGAAGAAUCUGUUGUAACUGUGCCUUUUCUGUGUCCUCUCUUUCCACUAAAACUAUGUGACUGGUUUGUUAAAACUUUAUUGUGAUCAAAUUUUUUGUAAAAUUUUAGUGCUAAUCAUUGGAUUAACAGCCAUCUGCUGGUACCAAACAUCCAUAAAGGUUUAAGACUCCUUUUAAAAAGUACAGUUAUUAAAUGUAUUGACAAGGAUGCUGAAGAUGUAGCUCCCAGGCAGGAGGAAAAGGGAAUGAUAUCAAAGGAAGGAGAUACAUGGAUAUAGUGAAUGAGGACAUGCAGAGGGGUUGAUUUAUUAGAAGAGGAUGUUAGGGAUGGAGUGAGCUGAAGGCCGAUGAUGCACUGUGGGGAUCCCUAAAGGGAGCAGCCCAAAGAAGCUUGAGAAUUAAAUGUAUUGACAAAG